UGUUGUAGGACUCUAUUCUAGAAUUUACAAUUAAGUCUGGUUAUAUGGCAGCUGUCGCCAGUACUUCAUCAUGUCGGUCACCGAUUGUUGUAGCCGUACGGCAAGUCCAUAGAUUCUCGGCGAAAUCUAGGAAAACAGGCAGAAUAUGUGGAAACUGCGUGCUACCUCGGCAAGAGUGGCGCUAUGACAAAGCAAUGGGGAGGAAUUUUCAAAGAAUGAUUGGCAAGAAAUAUGGAUAUGACAUGGGUUUAGAAGACCGGGUAUUGCUGAAAUCUCUUGGACAGCGUCAGCGUCAUUUGGAUCAGAAGAAAGUAAUGCAGCUGUCAGCGAUUUUAGAGGCAAAAAUAACCGAAGCAGCUUCAGCUAAUGAUGAUGUCGCUAAUCUUGCUGUUCAGUUCACGAAGGUGAAAGUCAAUUGCUCCUUCACCGAUGUACGAAUAUGGUGGCUUUGCACAGGGAAAAAUGAUGAGGAAAUAGAAGAUGUUCUCAGGCGGGAACGUCAUAACUUGCGAAAGGUGUUGUCGGAUUCAAUUGGUGUUAACUGCCCGGAACUGUUGUUCGUGCCUGACCGAUCGGAGCUCAUGAUGCAGGAAAUGGAUCGACUGUUUCGCACGGCAGAUUAUGGCAUGGAUUACAGAGCUGUGAGCCAUACUGGAAGAGUGUUGGGAAAUGCUGAGCCAUCAAAACCCGAAAAAAUCUGGAAACCAAUAUCUCACAAGAAAGAAAUGGGUGAUGCUGCAGAGUGACUUCCUAUGAAUCUUCUUGCAUUAGCUUGUCUAGUUUCUCAGCAUAUUAGCAUCUCCAAAUAUUCUGAAUAUGAAGACUGCUGAUAGAGUAUUGUUCCACCUG